AUGGAGGAGCAGGUUCAUAGCUUGGGGGCGCUACUAGAUCCUGGCCUACGGUUGAAGGCUCAGGUCUCCUCCAUGGCCCGUAGCGCUUUCUAUCAGCUCCAGCAGGAUCACCCUUCCAACCACCCGGAGGACACCGAGGAACGAGAAGUGGAAGAGCCCUUCUGCACGCCAGGGAUACAGACGAGGAUCAACAAGUCGGAAGCCUUGCAGCAAGUGCAGGAAGAUUCAGAAGCAAUCCGGGGCACAUACGCCCACUGCUUCAGCCUGUCGCUGAUGAGCAACAGUGUGGAUGAGAGCGUCCAGCAUCGCCAAGCAGCCUUUAAGGGUGCGUGCAGCUCAGCCCAGUCAGCUCCUGUUUCCUGGGGUGCACGAGCAGCAGCCGAGGAAGGCCUCCAGAGGAUGCUGCGGGAGGACCCGUCUGCUGGCCAUCUGGUGGGCCUCCUUGAACUUCUGGGCUACUCCCUGCGGAGCAGACAGGUGGCUGUGAGAGCCAGUGCCCUCUCUCUCGGCAGCUCCCUCCUGCAGCAUGCCAGCCAUCUGCCCUCCUUCGAGAUGCCUGAUGAUGCUGCCCUGGGUCACCUGAUGGUGCAGCUGGCCGUCUCCCUGGUUGACUCCGAAGCCAGCCUCUGGGCACAGGCCAGGGAGACCCUGAACCAGCCGCACAGCAUGCUCCUGUGCCAUCUGGUGCGGCAGUUUUCUAAGGCUUGGGAGGAUACUCUCCACCUGAUUCAAGUGGGUGAGGAGGACAACAUUAAGCAAAGCCUUUCUGCCCUCCUGUACAACCUGUGGCGGGGCAGAGAGGUCCCCCCGGAAGUCCGGGCGCUCCUGCCGAAGACAGAAGAGACGGGGCGGCCGCGGUCCGCCUUCGCACCGUCGCGCUUCCGCCUGCUUCUCCGUCUGCCCGGGGGCGGCGUGGCCCCUGGGCUCCUCCCGGCUUCCCGCGCUCCUCCUCGGCGGCCUCCCCGCUGGAGCGGUGCCCGGGGCGGAGCCGGCGCAGCGGGCUCGGGCCAGCAGCAGCAGGCCUGCCCGGCGCCCCCCAUGCUGCCCCGCACCCGCCAGAGCCGCCCCGCCCCGCUGCCCCUGCAGUGCCCUUUCCCGGAGCAGACCCAGGACGGCGGCGGCGGCGGCACCGUGGUCUACGAGCGCGUCCGCACCUACAGCAGCCCCGGCGGGAGACGCGUGCAGCUCCUGGACCCGCCCAACUGCUGCCCGGCCCGGGCGCCCUCCCCCGCCGACAGCACCCCCGGCUACCAGCACGUCAUCUGGAGCAGCGACCCGCCCGUGCAGCAGGAAGUCCAGUCUCCAUCUUUGAAACUGUCCCCAUAUUCCCAGGGCACUGUCCGGAGGAUUAUAUUAGAGAAUCCUGAACAGGAGCCAUUGUCUCCACUUCUAAGAGGGGGAAAUAAUGUGAUAAUUGAAAAAACAGUAAGAAAGUAUGAGCUGCUAAAUCCAGAGCAGGAGAAACAGUACCAGUAUGCCCAGCAGCACACGCAGUCCGACCAAUAUCAAGUCAACCAGCCAGUGGAACAUGUUACGGUGGUCCAGCAGUGCCAGCAGACUCAGACGGGCAGCCCGUGUGACGUGACUCCUAUUCGCGUCAAUGAUGGUGGAAACAACACUGUGAGGAGAGUCACCGUUCAGACCUGUGACCCGGUGAUGAGCAUCCCAGAAACAAAUGACCAGGUGGACUCCCGCUACUUUGGCGAACUCCUUGCAGAGUUGAACCGCAAAAGCAACGAUCUUUACAGCUGUUUGCUCCAGCAUGUUGAAAAGCUAGGAGGAAGGAGAUAUGAAAUUGAAUCUUAUACUGAAUCAGAAGAUAUUGAGAGUUUGAUUCCUAGAGGGCUUUCAGAAUCAACCAAGCAGCAAAUCCGUUACCUCUUGCAGAUGAGAGUGACAGCAGAUAAGUCUAUGAGAUUGGUCCUUGCCACGUUCAGCAACCUUCGAGAGGAGCUGCUCCAUCUCCAGGAUGACUUAGGGAAAUUAGAAACUGACAAGACGUUACUUGAGAAGGACCUGGCCUUCAAAGAGAGUCAAGUGAGGGAGUACGAAACGCUCCUGGCGUCCGUGCGAGAGAAUAAUCGCCUGCAGCAGAAAGCCCUCCGAGAGUCUACUCUCAAGUGCCGCUCACUGGAAGAACAGCUCAUCUCUCUCCGGCACAACGAUGGGGACAAGGAAUUCCGGCUGAAGGAUCUGGAAUACAGCAAACGAGCUCUGGAGCAAGAAGUCCAAAACCUCCGGCUCCAGGUUUCGUCGAACCCCCUGAUUCAGACCACAACCGACGAACUGUCCAGCCGCUACGUGGAGAUGAUCAAUCAGCUCCGGGAGGAUAAAGACCGGCAGAUCCGCAACCUGAGAUCUCAGUUAUGCGAUUUCCAGAAGGAUAUUUCAAAGAAAGAGGGGACGGAUGUUGACCUCCAAAUGCGACUCCACGAGUUGAACUUGAGGCUGGAAGAGAAGGAGGCUUGGAUUAAGCAGCAGGAAGAGGAAAUCUUCAGGUUGAAGCAAGAGAAAUUAGCAGGCAACUCAUCCCAAGGAAUAACGAAGACCGUCAUCACUAAAAAGUACAGGAACCAGUAUCCCAUUCUGGGGCUCUUGUCUGAUGACUACAAAGUUACAUCCCCUGUCAAAGAAUCACGGACAAUUGUAAUUGAAAAAACUGGAGAAAUGUGGAAGCAGGAAUCCUUUACUUCCGAUUAAAGAACUGCUUGCUUCUUUCAGGAAUGAACAAGCCCCCCCCAGGACAAGUUCCCAGCUGCUCAGAGGAGUUAAACAGUCAAAGGAAUGUUGUUGUUUUAUUCUUCCCUUCUGCUGUUUGUUUUUUUCCUUUUCCAUUCACAAUUCAAGACUGAAACUUAAAACCAGCCAGGGUUUGGUGGGGGGGGAGCAUUCUCAGCACCCUGCAAGAUGUAAUAGAUUUAGCUUGACCUCAGUGCUUGCGGUCAAUACAUAUGUGGCUUUUUAGGCCGUUGGCCUGCCAACGUCACUCCUCGGUUGAGGAAUACCUAAACAUCUUUCUACAAAAUUUUUAUUAUCCCUACCUUCAUGGGAUUUGGGGCGCCAUGCAGGAUUCUCCCCUCUUCUGUGUUAUCUCAGCAGCCCUGUGAGGGGAGGGGAGGCGACAAGAGAGAGUGACUGGCCCAGUGAGUAUCGUGGCAGAGGGGGGGAUUUGAACCCCAAGUCUGCCAGGUCCUAGUCUGACACUCCAGCUGCUACACUAAGGUGGGUCUCAUGUCUGCCAUGGAAAUCGGGAAGGUGUUGAGGCAAAACAUCCUGCCCGUCGGGAGGCACGAGAGCCCACAGCCAGGCCUGCUUGCCCUUCCUGUUGAACCCCAGGCACUUUCGCACACGUGAAAUAAUGCCGUUUCAAUCCACUCCAGUGACCGUUUGCAAGUGGAUUUUGCCAUUUCACACAGUACAAUCCAGUUGCAAAGUGCAUCGGAGGUGGAUUGAAAGUACGUUAUUUAGUGCAAGUGAAAGCGCGCCCCGUGAGCAAAGCACUCCUCCCUGAAGGAAAGACCAGUAGGCGCAGGAAAAGGCGGUCUGCCAGGCUUGAUCAGAAUAUAGUUUGAAAUUCACUGCAAUAGACCAUGUCUGCCUGGGCAUUCCCCAACCUCCCCCCCCCCCAUAAAAUCAUGGCAUCCUUCAAAAACAAGACACACAUUUAUGAGAGUAACUUAAUUUUAGGAGUUUGGCUGCUCUUUUUUCCUCCCCUCUCGGUUUUUCAAAAAAAAAAGUGUCCCAAUUCUGAAAUUUUGUCCUGCUUACCAGCUGGUAAUCUCUGUUCUUGUCCCAUUAUUAUGUACAGGCAAAAUGGAUGAUGAAACAGCCAAGCUUAGGUUGCAGGUGGUAGACCUGUUCUCUUUAAAAAUAGCAUUCAAAAGCAUUUUAAAAAACCCCAUUAAGCAAGUCACGGUCAGGGAUCCCUUCAGGAAGUGCUGGGAAGGUCACUCCUUCAGCUUGCCCCAUCCAAAAAGUAUAGGAUAACGGGCACAUGGUGAGCAAGUGGUUUGCUUAAGGCAGAGCACUUGUGGUCACAGCUGAUCUGUACCUAUGCUAACUGUGCCUUUAAGGUCCACUGAUUCUCUAGAUUGCAUUCUGAAGUGGAAAAUUUGAGAGGUACGGAAACACAUUUGGGGCAUUUUUCUGUAACACUCCCUUGUUACUGUAUCUGGGCUUACUGCUGCCAUUUCCCAUUGUGCCAACAAGUGCAGAACAUAGAAUAUGGAAUUCGCACAUCACUGUCUGAAAGCCACAUUAGAUUAACAAGAAGGGGGGGGUUGUAAAAGAGAAGUAAGGCUGUACUUUGGAGAGGUGGAGUAGGUACCUGUGAAAGGAUUGCCUGUCUCAACCUCAGCAAGGCACAGUGUUUCUGGGGGGAACUGAGCCUUCAAUAGAAUAUUGCUGACUUUGUUUUUCCACUGGAGAUGCUAGAAUUUUUGAUUGUAUGCCAAUUCUUACUGUGCAUAUAGACGUUCUCUUUCACACCCCAAUGACCAGAAAACAAAAUCUAGCACAAAUACUUCCUACGUGUGUUGGAGUGAGACAGGUGUGUGAAUCGCCAUGUAGAGCUGGUACACUGGAGACUUUACUGGAUAUUAUACUGAGUUUUCCAAGUUACUGAAAUUUACAUGGAAAUUAAAUUUUCAAAGUGGUGGAUGGUUUCUUUUAUGUGGGAAAGCGUAAAGUGAGAAAUAGCUUGGGGCCAAUUCUGCUACUCAUAGGUGAGCGCAACUGCCAGUUCAUUAUACAAGGAACUUGCUUUUUAGGUGUGGGAUCACAGGCUGUUCCUUGGUGGUUUCUGCUGUAUCGGGUGGGGGCGGACCAACCAAAUGAAGAGGUUUUGGGCUUGCUUAAUAGAUUUGAAAGAUAAUCAGAGUUUUAGGUCAGCCCUUUAUACCACUGGUAGCCCACCAAGCUAAAUGAAGUAACACUCCACCAGCCGAAAGCUGUUGCUUGUUAGCUGAGUGACAGCCCCCAUUUUUUGCCCUUCAAAGUAAGUAUAUCUAACUGCUGGUGGCCUGCUACACUUAGCUAGUGGUGUGGCCUUCAGCCUGGCUCAAAUUGUGCAGGCAUCUUUACAGGUAAAAGGGUUGGGGUGGGGAGAGUCUGCACCCAAUAGUGAAACCGAAGGAAAAAGAGGAUGUGUGCAACCAUGACCCCUUUUUAAGCUUCUAACUGGCCCACCUUGGAUAUUCUAUAACCUAUCGAAAAGAAUGUUUCAUCCCAACAUUUUCUUAGCGUAAGGCUUGCUUCUCUUCUUUUGGUUUCAUUGUGUGCCUUCCAGGUGAAAUCGGAGCAGCUGAACUGCACUUGUACGCAAAGCAAGUUAUUGGAAUGAAUGAAACCGAGACAAGCCUCCUGCUACUCUUGCCGUAAUUGCCACAGGGACGUGGGCAGUUGUUGUUAGGGUUGUGCAGCUAGACGCAAUUGUGGGGUAUGCAGCUGCAACAUGUCGGGUUGUCAGGUGGUUCUUAAGGAUUUGCUUUACAUAUGCGUUUUAAUCCUAUACUGUCCGUUUCUAUACUGAUAAACCCUUGACCAGUUUACCAGUUCAGACACGGCUGUAUCGUUAAGUGAAAUAAAGAUCUUAAUAAGC